UCAUGCGGUCACUGUCCCGCAGGACCCCGGCAGCAUUCCCGACGAUGCCACGGGGAGAGAUAUGACGACGGCCUCCGGGAGAUACUCCUGGCGUGUUCUCCGUAAGCUUUUAUCAAGUGGUGAUUUUAUGCAAUGGCAUCAAGCCACAGUUCUUCACCAGUGCCUCAGUCAAACAGCAGUGAUGCUUUCUUUAAAAAAGAAGUGGACGCCACGAAACGCUUUCACCCUGUGCAGUCCCUGCCGGAUGUGUGUCCCAAGGAACCCACAGGCAAUCCCAAUAACUUACAUGACAGCCCAUCUCUAGUUGUGGAUCAGCAAAGAUGGACUAUUUAUCAUUCCAAAGUCAAUCUCCCAGCAGCACUAAAUGAUCCUAGGUUAGCAAAAAGGGAAUCUGAUUUCUUUACAAAAACAUGGGGAGUGGACUUUGUGGACACUGAAGUCACGCCUUCAUUCUACCUCCCACAGAUCACCAAGGAACAUUUUGCAUCAUACCAACAGGAAAUCACUCCGAGAGAGAAAGUUCAUGAAAGGUGCAAGAAUAUUUGUACUCCUAAAGAUUCCUUUGACAGGACACUAUUACACACUCACGAUAAAUCCAGGACAGAUCUGGAGCAAGUACCUAAGAUUUUUAUGAAACCAGAUUUUGCCUUGGAAGAUUCCUUAACAUUUAAUGCCGUUUUACCAUGGUCUCAUUUUAGUACCGCUGGUGGAAAAGGAAAUCGUGAUGCAGCUUCCUCCAAGUUACUUCAAGAAAAGCUGAGCCAUUAUCUGGACAUUGUGGAAGUCAAUAUUGCUCAUCAGAUUUCUCUCCGCUCAGAAGCAUUUUUUCAUGCAAUGACCUCUCAGCAUGAGUUGCAGGACUACCUCAGGAAAACCUCCCAGGCUGUAAAAUUGCUUAGAGAGAAAAUCUCUAAAAUUGAUAAAGUAAUGUGUGAAGGAUCGCUUCGAGUUUUAAGACUGUCACUCACCAGAAAUAACUGUAUAAAAGCAUACAAUAAACUGAAGUUAAUGGCUACUGUACACCAAACACAGCCCACAGUACAGUUGCUGCUCUCCACUUCCGAGUACGUUGGAGCUUUGGACUUAAUAGCAACAACACAAGAGGUGUUACAGCAAGAACUUCAAGGUAUUCACAGUUUCCGGCAUCUUGGCUCACAGCUUUGUGAACUGGAAAAGCUGAUAGAUAAAAUGAUGAUUGCAGAGUUUUCAACUUAUGCUCGCAAUGAUUUAAAUAGACCCCUAGAAGAUGAUUGCCAAAUUCUAGAAGAGGAGAGACUUGUAUCUCUAGUAUUUGGACUUCUAAAACAAAGGAAGCUGAAUUUUUAUGAAAUAUAUGGAGAUGAAAUGAUUAAUACUGCAAAGAAUAUAAUUAAACAGUGUGUGGUUAAUACGGUAUCGCAGAUAGAAGAAAUAGAUACAGAAGUGGUUGUUAAGCUUGCAGACCAGAUGAGGAUGAUGAAUUUUCCUCAGUGGUUUGAUUUACUGAAGAAUAUUUUUUCUAAGUUCACCAUCUUCCUCAAGAGAGUAAAGGCAACGUUAAAUACUAUCCGUAGCGUGGUUUUCUUGGUUCUAGACAAGAACCAAAAAACCAGAGACCUGGAGGACACGUUACAGAAGAACUCUGCUAAGGAGAGCGUGGUGGACAGCGAGGUGGCCUACCUGACCCACGAGGGGAUGUUCAUCAGCGACGCCUUCGGCGACGGGGAGCUCCCGGCCGGAGCAGCCGACUCGGCCUCCCAAAGGAACACGUCCCCCAACAGCGAGCCCUGCAGCAGUGACUCCGUCUCAGAGCCAGAGUGCACCACCGACUCCUCGUCCAGCAAGGAGCACACGUCCUCUUCUGUUACUCCAGGAGGAGUAGAGAUGAUGAUCAGUGACGACAUGAAACUGACUGACCUGGAGCUGGUCAGGCUGGCAAACAAUAUCCAAGAAUUACUUUAUAACGCCUCUGAUAUCUGCCACGAUCGUUCAGUCAAGUUCCUCAUGGCAAGGGCAAAGGAUGGCUUCCUAGAGAAGCUGAAUUCCAACGAGUUCGUUACUCUUUCUCGCCUGAUGGAAGGCUUUAUCUUGGAUACUGAGCAGAUCUGUGGCAGGAAAAGCAUGUCCUUGAGAGGAGCCCUUCAGAGUCAAGCCAAUAGAUUUGUGAAUAGGUUUCAUGAGGAGAGGAAGACAAAACUAAGCCUGCUUUUGGACAACGAGCGCUGGAAGCAAGCUGAAGUUCCUGCCGAGUUCCAGGACCUCGUUGAUUCAGUGUCAGAUGGCAGAAUUUCUCUCCCUGAAAAAAAACCAACAGGUGUGUGUCUUGCAGUCUUGCUGUGUGAUGUACAGGAUAUCUUGGACCAGCUGUCAUUUUAUGAGUUGGUUCAUGAUGAUGUGUCAUUGUUCAGUUGGAAACAGAAUCUGGUGGCUGAGAACUUCUAUGCCAGGCAGAUGAUAUCACUGCUGAAGAGCAUUUCAGGUCGACAUUGGGUAGCUGUCUAUCAACAUGAUUGGCCUGUGUUUGAUUUUGCAGCAUCUUUUGUGCCCUGGGAUGACGUAUUUGGCUGUUUCCUCUCUUUCAGGACAGUAUUGCUGCUAAUUAGAAUAAUCCUGGAGUACUGCCAGUGUGUGGAUAACAUUCCUUCCAUCACCACUGACAUGCUGACCCGCCUGUCAGAUUUACUGAAGUAUUUCAACUCUAGAAGUUGCCAAUUAGUGCUCGGAGCCGGUGCAUUACAAGUUGUUGGCUUGAAAACAAUCACUACAAAAAACCUAGCCCUUUCUUCACGUUGCCUCCAGCUCAUCGUACACUACAUUCCCAUUAUCAGGGCUCAUUUUGAGGCUCGGCUGCAGCCGAAGCAGUUCAGCAUGCUCAGGCAUUUUGACCACAUCACAAAGGAUUAUCAUGACCACAUAGCUGAAAUUUCAGCAAAGCUCGUUGCCAUAAUGGAUAGCUUAUUUGACAAACUAUUAUCCAAGUAUGAAGUGAAAGCCCCUGUUCCUUCAGCAUGCUUCAGGAAUAUCUGCAAGCAAAUGGCAAAGAUGCAUGAAGCUAUAUAUGAUCUCCUUCCUGAGGAGCAAACUCAGAUGUUGUUUUUACGAAUUAACGCAAGCUACAAACUCCACCUGAAGAGGCAGCUGGCCCACCUCAAUGUGGUCAAUGAUGGAGGACCUCUGAACGGGCUGGUUACUUCAGAUGUGGCUUUUUACACUGGAAACCUUCAAGCUCUGAAAGGCCUUAACAACUUAGAUCUAAACAUGGCUGAAAUCUGGGAGCAGAAGAGGUGAUAAUCCAUUGGGAGCAGUCACUUGGCUCUGACAACAGACUGACUUUCUUCUAAGCAGCGUGGUGACAGUGAGGUGAAUACUUGAGCCCAGAGCCCCAGAAGGGGCAGGACUGAGAGUCGGGGGAGCUUAGACUCAGAGGGAGCUGCAGGGAGCGAUCCUGCCAGUCUCCUUCAGCAAGAAACAAGUGAUCAGCUGUCUGUGCAAUGUUUUUUCAUUCUCUCUGGAAACAGACUCAGGUUUCUUUGGACCAAAUCCAAAAGAACACAUAGCUGUAACACAGCUGUAGUUGUCUAGAAUGCUCUGUAUAUCUUUAUAUUAAAAAGAUGCUUUGCAUUUCUUCUAGUGCAAUGAAAUUCACAUGGUGUCCCACCUUAUUUAAUGAUGGUACAAUAUAAAAAUCUUGCAGUUGGAACUCUGUAGAAAAUGUUUUUCUCUAUGAAACUAUACUGUUCUAAAAUUUAUUUUUUUACAGAACUUUAUAUAAAUAAAUGUCUUUUGAUUGCUCGCAUCUAGGAUUCAGCUUUGUUAGGGAGCAGUCCUGUUCCAGGGGAUUUCUCAGGACCUAAAAUCUGGAGACAAGUUUUUCUAAGCAAGGGCCAGUUCCUCAGAGUCAUUCCCUGUGGGAGAGAGGAGUGACCUGACCCUCAGUUAGCAGUGACAGGCUAGCAGUGGGGCUCCUUGGGGAACUGGAAGGUGGGAAAAAGGCUGGUGUAAGGAUGGCCACCUCCAGCUGCCCAUGGGCCCUGCCAGCAGGGAGAGACCUGGACACAAAGAACAGGGCAGGAAGAAUUUAAAAGUUUCUAGGCUGCUUAUAAAAGGCUGCACCAUGCAGCUCAAAUCAAUGUAUUGUGGAGUUUUUAAUACUACCUUUAACAGACUGGAGGCUGUCAGUACUCAGUACAAGUGCCUGUGUUUCUCACCUCACCCCUCUGUACCUGACCCCAGUCGAGUGCCUAACCCUGAGCUGAUCAUGUCUGAUGGAAUGGUCUCUGCUGCAGUGUGUGUGCCUGUGGUGCCCUCAGCCAGGCUUGCUGACCUGUAGCAUAACACGUGUCAUUCGUUGUCAGUUGAAAUAAAGCUCUAAAAUCAC